AUGGCCCGGUGCGCUCCGCUCGUGGCCGCCGCCCUGGCGCUGCUCCCGUUGCUCGCGCCGCCAGCCCUGGCGUGGUACAAGCCGGUGGCCGGACCCCGCCACUACUCGGUGGGCCGCGCCGCGGGGCUGCUGUCCAGUUUCCGCAGGUUCCCGUCCCCGCGGCGCACCGAGUCCCCAGCACUCGCCGGAGGCGUCCUCCCCGACAUGCGCGCCAGCCUGCGGAGCCUCGCUUGGUGCGUCAAGGACGUUACCCCGAACCUGCAAAGCUGCGAGCGGCUGCUCGACGGCCCAGGGACUUUCCAGUGCAAGGCGGACAUCUUCCUGUCGCUGCGCGCAUCCGAUUGCCAAAGCGCCUGAGCCCCGGAGCCCCAACCGGAACCUCGCCUCUCCCCGGUGGGUGCCCCCCAUGCCCAGUCUUGUUUGGGGACCCCCCCCAGGCCCUGUCGUGUGGGGCGGCUCCUGUGAACCCUAACCCCCCCACAGCAAAUAGCUGAAUGAA